AUUUACAUUUUACAAAUUGCUCCAUAACAUUGUUAUCAAACAGAAUUUGGUACAGAGUCACAUGAGGCAGGAUCAAAAGCAUUGGCAAAUAGAUUUUACCAGAAGGAAAGUGAAGGAGGAACUAUUUAGGGAGAGAAUUGCAGAUCUUGAAGCCAAAGCAGAACAGCCACCCAUAUUGGGGUGAUUAACAUUGGGAAGAUGUGAGAAUUGGAGAAACACAGAAUUUCACAAGGUUAUAGGUUGUUGCAGAGGUAAGAAAUGAGUGAGGGUGACCAGGUUUUUGAAGAGAUUUUUAAAGAGAAUUUUAGAAUUGAAAUGUUGCAGUCUGGUAACAACAGUAGAUCAGCAAUCACAGGCGUGAUGAGUGAAUGGAAUUUGGCGCAACUUAGGUUACAGGGAGCAGGAUUUUGGGUGAGUGAAAGAGCAUUGUUAUAGUCGGGUGUUCCCUCUGGAUCUGACAAUUGUGUUUCACGGCUGUAGGUUAAAAAAUCCUUUUGUCUCAAUCAUUUGUUUUACCUAAGGUAACUCCAGAGGUCACGGAACUAUGCCAAGCCACUAGGCAGCAGUGCUCAAUUGCUGUUCUCCAAACACUGCUAUUGCUUCUCAAACAAAUUAAACACCAACUACAUCAUUGAGCUAAGCAGUUUGCAGGAACAGUAGACCCCAUCGCUCUGACAGACAUUUUAAGUUGAUUGCUCAAUUUCCUUUUUUUUUGUUACAGUGGCAUCCUUUUCGACAGGUGGAAUUUCUUAGGUCUCACCGAUAUUUGACUGAAGACUUGUCAUCACUGAUCCACACUGAAGAGAGGUACAGGGUACAGCUGUUGCCCUGGUAACGGGAUGGCUUCCCGACCCGUGGCGCACGCGCAGCCGAGGUCACGUGGCGACUCCAUGUGGGCCCUUGUGGUGAUCACGUGGCCCGUCUGCCGGCUGGAAGAUGGAGGACAAUACGCAGUAUCAGGCCGCAUGCUCGGAGGGUGAAUGGUUACAGUGCCAGGUUCGAGCAUUGAGGGCUGAGCUCCGCAACCUAAGGCAACAAGUCACAAAAGCUGGCCAUGUCCAUAAGAAAUCUAUUGAGGACCUGUAUUCCUUUCUGAAUGUCUUGAAAAAGGACUCCAACCAGGAUUGUUUACCUAUCAAACAUCGAGAUGAUAGCGUACCCCUCUCUUUGGAGAAAGGAAACAUUCAAACAGUACCCAUUGGAUACAUCGAAUCCUGCUUCACUGCAAAAAAUGGCACCCCACGACAACCAACUAUAUGUAGUUUGUCCCGUGCACGACUUAAAAUUAGCAAGAUAAUUUUCAACAAUGCAGAGCACUCACUCAUGGGCUUGGAUCAGUUUUCACAUGUCUGGAUUAUCUUUGUUUUUCACAAAAAUGGACAUCAGUGUUAUAAAGCUAAAGUCAAACCUCCGAGACUGAAUGGGUUAAAGACUGGAGUCUUUUCUACAAGAAGUCCUCAUCGUCCCAAUGCGAUAGGUUUAACACUGGCAAAGCUGGAUAGGAUUGAAGGUGACACGGUUCAUCUUUCGGGAAUUGACAUGAUACAAGGAACACCAGUACUGGACAUUAAACCAUAUAUUCCAGAUUAUGACGCACCUCGAGGUGAUCCACGACAAAACAAUGGUCAAUUGCAUCAGGAGAUUCUUAUGCCAAAUGAACAGUGUCAAGGUACAGCCAUUCCAAUCACUGGGAUGGUGACUAAAAACUCAGAGAAACCAGCUCAUGUUGAGGUAGCUUCAGGUACAGCAGAGGCAAUUUAUACCAGCUGGGUACAACCUGCUCAGAGAGAUGCACCAUACUCAGUCAAAAAGACAGAUGAUGAUCUUACUGGAGAAGACUGGUGCCCAGUACAAGUAGGAGGUGCAGUUUCAACCUGCACUGUGGAUGAAGUUGCAGAUAAACAGCCGUGUUACACCCCUAAAUUAAAAGCUGAGAAAAUUGAUGUACUUGCUGGAAAGAAGGAUGCUUCUUAUGAAAAUAUACACUUGGUUGUGGAGAAAAUCGAAUGUCAACUUGUCCACAAUGAUGCAAUAAAGCAAGUAACUGCACAAGAUAAAGUUAUUUGUUUAGAUUCUGAGCAGUUAAGUGCUGCAACAGUUCAUCAGAAUAAACAGCAAAAGGAUGUGGAUGCCAUUAAUAUACCUGGGAGCCAGUUGUCUAACAGUGCGAUUGCGACUUGGAUAAAACAGUCACCUGUACCAUCCUUACAGGUUCGGUUCACUCCUCAUGCAGAAUUGGAUCUGGAGCAGUUUCAGGCUCCAGGUGGGACAGAUCCAGACAAAGCAUCACUGAAAUAUUUCCAGUCUGUUAAGGAAGCAAAGUCUGCCAUUGUGGCUGUGCUAUCAGCUGAUCCAAGAUCCAUAUAUCGUAGGAAGCAAUGCCAGGACAUUCUGUUUUACUUCACUGUAGACGUUGCCCACAUCACCGCUUGGUUUGGAGAUGACUUUGCUGAAAUCUUGAGGGUAAAACCAGUGGAAAAGGAUGCCUAGACUGGAACUGUUGGAAUAGGAAUUCCUGAUCAAAACUGCAAACAUUGUUAACAUUGCAUGUUUCCAUAAAACUAAAAACCAA